CACAUUUUUUGCUCUACAAAAUUCGUCCCAACAAUUUGUUUCUCCCACUUAAUUGGUGAUAUUACAUCUCUAACCAUUUUCACAAUUGUAUGGUUUCCAUUACAGAUUUCCAGAAUACCAAACAGUAUCGUCUACAUCAAAAAAAUCAAGAAAAUCAAACAUAUUUUUCAAUACAACAAAAUGCCCAGCAAAAAGAGGAAAUAUAAUGCUAGAUUUCCAGCUGGAAGGAUCAAAAAAAUUAUGAGAAUUGAUGAUGAAAUUGGUAAAGUUGCAUUACCAGUUCCAGUUAUGAUUUCUCGAGCAUUGGAACUUUUUGUUUCAUCUCUUUUAGUCAAAGCUGGUGAUGUCACAAUGCAAAAAAGUGCAAGGACUCUUACUCUUGCCCACUUAAAGCAAUGUAUUUAUUCUGAUAGCCGCCUUGAUUUUCUUAAAGAAUUGGUUAAAAGUACACCUGACAAUUCUGAAGAAUGUAAUGAUAUUGUAGAUCCGCCUGUCACUCAAAAUAAUCAAGUCAGCAAUAACGACAGUGAUGAUGAAACAACAUCGAAGACCAUCGAAUGGUACUUGUUAAACGGCUGUGCGUGUCAAUUGUCCGCCGAUGAGUACCGGUGGUUAGUCGCUUUUCCUGGGGAAGUGAGCGCAUCGCCGUCAGACAUGAUAUCUCAUCUGAGCGCAAUGCGUCUGCUGUUGUCUACGCGUCGCCGCCGCAGACAGCAACAACCAGUCGCAGACUCGAACUGUUGUCCAACCGUUGAGCGUGCGUGUUCAGCAACGCUGUCCAGCACAACGUGGUUCGACCAAUUACUAGCUGUGUUGGCGUCCGAGGAUGACCACGUUAGGUAUGUGGCCGCAUGUGUGAUCACCGAAGCAGUAUUGAGCUGUGCAGACGACGACGGUGAUUCGCCGGCACACCUGAUUGACAAGGUUUUGCUGACCAUUACGACGGCGACGGGACGGUCGCCCGCCGCAGCUAUAAACGUCUUGACGCGCGUGCUUGACGCUAAGUGUGAUAGUCGACGGAUCUCAACGGUGCGAACGUGUUGUCGCCACGGUGGCGAAGAAGUAAGCUGUAUCACACCUGUUGCAAAUGACCUUGACGCCAAGGUGCUAUUGAUGGACCGGUUGAACGACCAGUGGUCGGACGUCGUGAACACCGUAGUGUGCGAAAACGGAACGACGGUUGCCGCCGAUCGUGAUAAUUACGAUCUGGCUGAAAUUGUUAGACUGUGGACCGCGGUGUUUCGCUCGUUCCGGUCCACGAGCUCAGCAUACCGGAAUCGCGAUCAGUUCUUUUCGGAACUGUCUAGCCUGGAGUGGCUGUUGUACCGGACGGACACAGAAUCGCUGGUGUGGCUGAACACGGUCCGGUUGUUCGGUGCCAGUUUACAGAUGUCCACGAGUCGGACGACGAACGACUGGUGGACGGCCCGAAGUGUGGCCUUGGCGGAGUGUGUAUUGACCGGUUUCACCCGGCGGCGGUUGUUGUACUUCAUGGGCAAAAUAGCGAGCGGUUUUGGUCCAAAUAAUGGCCGGAUGAAGGUCUUACUGCAGGAGACUGUGCUGUUAGCGAUGCGUUCGUUGCGUGCGUUCGUCGCCAGCAACAGUCGGAUGUUGGGUUCUGAAGAUAACAGAGACGCCGCUGUGACAAAGAUGAUCAGAAACGUAGUCGAUUGUUUGGACUCGUACGUCAAGGCCAGUAUGCUGUACGCGACCGAAGUCGAGUUCUGUCGGUGGUCAGUCCGUCUGAUGAGCGACCGAGAUGACGCCACCAUCGAGUGUCUGACGUGUGCGCUGGACGUCGCGGACGCUGUGCCUGACGCUCAGCCGCUGCUUGACCCGUUCGCUGGCUUCGCCGAAUUGUUGGAGUGCGUGUCGUAUGAACCGGACGUGCUGCUAGAUUAUCUCAUUUCCGACGAGAGUGACUUUCUGCCGUACGCCCUGCGUGUGCUGAAGGCUGCUUGCCGGGACGCCCUACGUUUUUUCUAUAGUUUUGGUACUGGUUUGGAUGACGCUAUGGGACUAUUGAUCAGACUUCGGCUGAAGAUGCUGCGGCUUUACGAGAACCGCGUGUUUCCGUACAACGUCAUGCCCAUCGCCAAAUUGUUACAGCGCUGUGAUGAGCUAUACUCUGAAAUCGUCUCGUGACGAUUAUUUUUCUUAUAAUAUGUUUUAUGUAUGGUGUGUACGGUUUAUGUACCUACUUUCGACAUGAACUGAUUUCACAACCAAUGUAUAUUGUUGUAAUGUGUGCCAUUUAAAUCAGAAGUCUGAUUAAUUAUUUAGUUUAAUUAUAUUUGUUUGAUGGAUAAAUAUACUGUAUAUAAGAUA